GUCUUUUAAAGUAGUUUUAAAAGCCUCUCGUCUGCAGAGCUGGAGGCAGCAGGACAUCAUGUACCGCCCAUGUGCGUCAAGUCCUGUAGAGCGCUGCACAAUCAUCAUAAAGAUACUUUUUGAAGCCUUUUAGCGGUACAUGGAGUGUGUUCUGCUCGUUAUGAAUGUUUAUUGUAUGAACUCACACAAGAACACAGAUUAAGGUCUGAUUGAUGUAAAACAACUUUCUUUGCUUUAGUUUAUGCUACUUUAAUAGAGUUAGAGUGCAGGAUGGUGAUUAAACUGGAGCUGCGCGUUUGACAGUCGUUGGAGAGGCUUUAUUCCUGACCGUCUGCAGUGACAUGCCCAAAUAAUGUUGCCGCGUAAAAGCAUCAUUCCUGAAGAGUUCGCGCUACCCGCGCUCGUGUCACGGAUUCCCCGCAAACCCGUGUUCAGGGACCGCGUGAACAAAGCGCGCUUCAUCGCCAAGAGCGGCGCGUGCAACCUGGCGCACAAGAACAUCCGCGAGCAGGGCAGAUUCCUGCAGGACGUGUUCACUACUUUGGUGGAUCUCAAAUGGCGUUUUACCCUGGUCAUUUUCACUAUGACGUUUCUGUGCAGCUGGCUGCUGUUCGCUAUGGGCUGGUGGCUGGUGGCGUUUGCGCACGGGGAUCUGGACCCAAACCGUAAACCUGUCGUUGAGAAAUGCGUCACUAAUGUCAACUCUUUCACCUCUGCCUUCCUGUUCUCCAUUGAGGUGCAGGUGACAAUAGGUUUCGGGGGGCGUAUGAUAACAGAGCAGUGUCCCGCAGCCAUCACAGUGCUCAUAUUACAGAACAUCAUCGGCCUAAUAAUUAAUGCCGUCAUGCUCGGCUGCAUCUUCAUGAAGACCGCCCAGUCCCACCGGCGCGCUGAGACCCUCAUCUUCAGCCGGCAUGCCGUCAUCGCUGUACGUAACAACCGCCUGUGCUUCAUGAUCCGGGUGGGCGACCUGCGCAAAAGCAUGAUCAUCAAUGCCGCCGUGCGCCUCCAAGUGGUCAGAAAGACCACCACCCCAGAGGGCGAGGUCAUACCCAUCCAUCAGAUAGACGUCCAGACAGAGAGCGCGGUGGCCGGCAACAGCAUCUUCCUGUUGGCACCUCUGAUCAUAUGUCACGUCAUCGAUAAGGACAGCCCUCUGUACGAUCUGUCAGCAAUGGAGCUGCAGUGUAGCGAUCUGGAGGUCAUCGUUAUCCUGGAAGGAGUGGUGGAAACCACAGGCAUCACCACUCAGGCUCGCACCUCGUACGUGACCGAGGAGAUCCAGUGGGGCCACCGCUUUGUGCCUAUAGUGACCGAGGAAGAGGGCGUGUACUCGGUGGACUACUCAAAGUUUGGGAACACGGUCAAAGUGGCCACGCCACGGUGCAGCGCCCGCGAGCUGGACGAGAAGCCCUCCAUCCUGAUCCAGACGCUCCAGAAGAGCGAGCUGUCGCACCAGAACUCUUUGCGCAAGAGGAACUCCAUGCGGAGGAACAACUCCAUGCGCAAGGUUAACUCCAUGCGGCGCAAUAAUUCAGCCCUCGCCGUACCCAAAGUGCAGUUCCUCACCCCUGAGGGUGGUCCAAAUCUAGCUGUCACAUGACAAAUGGCCUGGUUAGCACUUUUCAUCUGUCUUUCUUUAAGUUCUUGUCAUGCUCUUUUCAAUGUUCUCUUCUGUUCCUUGAUUAUUCUUAUAUAUGAUGGUGCAACGUGAGACAUUGAGACAUUUAUGACAUUAUAAUGGAUGGUCUAUAAGUGUUUAUCUUCAAAUAAUAGUAAUAAUAAGUAAUUUCAAAAUAAAUAGGCAUAUUAAGUAAAUGAUCACUAUAUGACUCAGUGCUUAAAUGCAAAAUGGACAAUAUGGUUCACACUUAAUAGUUUAGAGUUUCUCAUUUGUUCUGUAAUAAAUGAUAUAUGUGCUCAAUAAAGCAUCUGGUUUCCUCUCUGUGAUUUUUUAUUUCAA